CCUCCUAGUCAGAGCCAACAACGACAACCGUGACGUGAGAGUAUAUAACCGGUUCCAGCUCCAUGAUCUGAAGCUACGUUUCCCCGAAUUUGUAUCGGAGAAAUCGAAAUCUUUUAACAGUCCCUCUUCUCUGUUUGGAGGGUACCCCUUGUGUCGAUCAUCACCUGUUUUCUUUCUGGGUGCAAUCAAUUCGAUCGAAAUCCGAGGAAAUAUCGUCUGGGUUUGAGAAAAGUUUCGAUUUUACGAACUGGGUUUGGGUUAAAUUGAAGCCCCUCUGAUCUUCAUCCUGUAUGUACUUCUGCAAGAAAAAUCAGUUGAUUCCUAGCCCAAUAUCUGCUACUUUUUGUCGAUUUUUGUCUGAUUCUGCUCGUGCGGAGAAAAGAUAUUCGAAUAUAUAAGAAUCUCAUAUAUCGAGUCAAGUCAAUCGAUUUUUUGAGACUCCGCAUCACAUCCCUACACGUUGAAAAUCUCAAACAGCGUUUCGGAGAAAUUCUCAGCCAUUGCAAGAUGACAAUCGUAGAUUCCACACCGAAUCCGAGAAGGAGCAGCUCCUCCGACGAUGGUGCUACUGCUCCGUUGUUGCCGAGAUACAGAGACGACGAAGUUGGUUUCGAUGAAUUCAACGGAGCUUCGUUUAGUGGAGCAGUUUUCAAUAUCUCCACAACCAUCAUCGGCGCCGGAAUCAUGUCUUUGCCGGCGACAAUGAAGAUCCUUGGCCUUGUUCUUGGUAUCGCAGCCAUCGUUUUCAUGGCCUUCUUGACGGAUGCAUCCGUUGAGCUGUUGCUCAGGUUUAGCAAGGCCGGGAAGAAACGAUCAUAUGGCGGUUUAAUGGGUGAUUCCUUUGGAAAAUGUGGAAGAAUUUUGCUGCAAGUUGCUGUUCUAGUCAACAACAUCGGUGUGCUGAUCGUUUACAUGAUCAUCAUCGGCGAUGUGUUGGCGGGGAAGACAUCAGAUGGAACCCACCAUGCGGGAGUUCUUGAAGGAUGGUUCGGGGACCAUUGGUGGAACAGCAGAACUUCCGUACUUCUCGUCACAACUCUGUUCGUAUUCGCUCCAUUGUCAUGCUUUAAACGAAUUGAUUCUUUACGAUUCACAUCCGCAUUGUCGGUGGCCCUAGCCGUCGUUUUCCUCGUCAUAACGGCCGGAAUUGCUAUCACGAAGUUGAUCAAAGGCGGUGUAAUGAUGCCGAGGUUGCUACCCGACGUGACCAACUUAUCGUCGUUCUGGAAUCUCUUCACCGUCGUACCAGUUCUCGUCACCGCAUAUAUCUGCCACUAUAACGUUCACAGCAUACAGAACGAGCUCGAAGACUCCUCCCAGAUAAAACCCGUCGUCCGAUCCGCCCUUACUUUAUGCUCGUUCGUUUACAUAAUGACGAGCCUUUUCGGGUUCCUCUUAUUCGGGGACGACACUCUCGACGACGUCCUCGCCAACUUCGACACCGACCUCGGAAUCCCGUUCGGGUCCAUCCUAAAUGACGCUGUCCGGGUCAGCUAUUCUGCUCACCUCAUGCUCGUUUUCCCGAUCGUCUUCUACCCUUUGCGGCUUAACAUCGACGAGCUCGUUUUCCCGACCGCCCCCUCGUUAACUUCCUCCAAUCUGAGAUUCGGUUGCAUCACUGCAAGUCUCAUCACUGUAAUAUUCUUGGGCGCAAACUUCAUUCCCAGCAUAUGGGACGCCUUCCAGUUUACAGGAGCAACUGCUGCUGUCUGUCUUGGCUUCAUAUUCCCGGCCGCUGUUACUCUCAAGGACCGUCACGACAGAGCAACGAGGAGGGACAAGAUCUUAGCCGCGUUCAUGAUCGUCCUCGCUGUGUUUUCCAACGCCAUCGCCAUUUACAGCGACGCAUACGCCUUGUUCAAGAAGAACACUUCCCCUCACGAAUGAUCUUGAACCUUCUGUCUCAGCCCGAGGUUUCGAUGUUUUUUUUUCCCUGGAGAAAUCAAUCCACCAGGUGGAUCCGGGUUCGGGUCGGAAAAUAAUAAUGAAAGGAGGACGAAACUUGUGCCCAUUUGUAUAAUCGUGGUCGGUGUUUUGUCCGCAACGACCACUUCCAUGUACAAUCAUAUUUAUCUUUUUUAAUGUAUAUCUUUUUCUUCUCUAUGAGCUGAAUAAUCCUCUGAAAACUUGGACUGAA